GGCCAACGCUAACGGAUUUUGCUAGCUAACCAGUUAGCCGUCGCGCUAAUUUAAGCUAACGUGGUUAGCAAGGGAGAUACUACCGAUAAAAUAACAUUACAAUAAUCCACAUGUAGUGCUGUGCCACCAUCAUAGUGUCGUCGCCCCUGAGAAGAGCACAGUGGUAUGUAAUAGUUGGUUAAUCACCUGUCAGAUGAUGAUUAUGAUAAGGGCGAUUUGGCGCUGUCUGUUUAGCGAGCUGCACGUAGCGUGUUCAGGUUAAAUGCUGUGUGACUUCCUGAUUUCCCGAGUCUUUAAACAAGGAUGUUUGCGUAGGGCAGGGGAGCUCUUUAUCUACAACACAUAACCAACCGCUUAGCUAUUCUGCAGUCAGUUUCAUUGUGCGGGAUCCAAGUUCAGUGAAAUGAAAUGGUCAUAAACGUGUUGUUACUGUGAUGGAUUUUCCUCCGAUAUCAAAUCAUGGUUUACCAGUUUGUAGCGUCGCCUGUGGAGACGGUGUCUGGGCUGGCCACAACUGUACUGUUGGUCAGCAUCUGCAUUGUGUGGUCGUAAAUGUGACAGACUACAGGAACACAUCCAGCCUCACUAUGGGACAGGACAGGGGGAAGUAUGAUUUUUACAUUGGUUUGGGGUUGGCCAUCAGCUCCAGUAUCUUCAUCGGAGGCAGUUUUAUCCUCAAGAAGAAAGGACUUCUGAGGCUGGCGAGGAAGGGCUCCAUGCGGGCAGGCCAAGGUGGUCAUGCAUAUCUAAAAGAAUGGCUAUGGUGGGCUGGUUUACUAUCAAUGGGAGCUGGGGAAGCAGCCAACUUCGCAGCAUAUGCCUUCGCUCCUGCAACUCUGGUCACCCCACUGGGAGCCCUCAGUGUGCUCGUCAGUGCGGUGCUGUCAUCAUACUUCCUGACAGAGCGGUUAAACCUGCACGGGAAGCUUGGCUGCCUGCUCAGCAUCCUGGGCUCCACCAUCAUGGUAAUUCAUGCUCCUCAAGAGGAAGAGAUCAGCAGCCUUGAGCAUAUGACCAAGAAGCUGGUUGACCCAGGGUUUUUCUUCUUUGCCAUUCUCAUCAUCAUUGUGGCCCUUAUCUUCAUAUUUGUUGUGGGUCCCCGCCAUGGUCAGACCAAUAUCCUCGUCUAUAUCACUAUUUGCUCGGUAAUUGGGGCACUAUCUGUGUCCUGUGUCAAAGGAUUGGGUAUUGCCAUCAAGGACGCCAUCGCCGGGAAAAACGUUGUGAGAAGCCCACUGACAUGGAUCUUGCUUUUGGGUCUGGUGGCCUGUGUGAGCACACAGAUCAACUACUUGAACAAGGCUUUAGACAUAUUCAACACCUCCCUGGUGACUCCCAUCUACUAUGUGUUCUUCACCACAUCUGUGCUCACCUGCUCCGCCAUCCUCUUCAAGGAGUGGGAGCACAUGGACACAGGUGAUGUGAUCGGCACCCUCAGUGGCUUCCUCACAAUCAUUGUGGGUAUAUUCUUGCUCCACGCCUUCAAAGACAUAAGCGUUAGUUUGGCUACUCUUGCUGUGUCCAUGAGGAAGGAAGAGCGGCCCUUUCCCACGGCCAAUGGCACAGGGUCCCACAGCACCUAUGAGCUGCUGCAUAAUGAGUGCAGUGAGGACGUAGAGGACAGAGAAAUGGGCUUGCCUUUUGAUAGCGUCUCUAGAAGAAAUGGAGCAAUGACUUCCUCAUUGGAUCAUUAAAGAACUUUUUUUUUUCUCCCCAGAUGCCUACUGACUGACCAGUCAUGGCAUUGUUAUGGUAUAUCAAAACAGUAAGACAAUCAGCUGUAUGGAGGAAGUGACUUGGACAGACCAGUGGAUUGUAUUUAAUGUUUUAAUUUGCCUUACUCUUAAGAAGAAUAUGACCUGGUCAUACUCAGUUAGAACUUAAUUUCAUUCCUCUGUAGCGUUGUAAAUAUGAGUUUUAUAAGAAAUGUUUUGUCAUAUGUACAUGCAUAUUCAUGCACUGACUUACUUUCUAUAAAUCAAAAAUAUAAGUUUUAAUAUAUAUUCUAUAUGGGGACCUGCUGACAAUGACCACAGUUAAAAGGACAGUCACUAUGAUUUGAGUUUUUCGUGAUACUUGAAAGUAACAAUUUUUGUUGGAGGUCGUUCUGAACUUUUGUAGCGUUUACGUGAAAAGCUCAUGGGAUGAACCAACAGAUUUGUUACAUAUUUAUUGAAUUAAAAAUGAUUAAAACAUUUGAAACACAAGGCACAGUGAAUAAAUGCUUAACACGUA